GAAAAAACCAAAAAAACCCUUCAACCUCAGUCAAAUUACCUCAGUCAGAACCUUUUCUUUCGAUUCACGUUCUAAAAUGGCUGCUUCAAACGUAGUUGUGGUUAUGGAUUUCGAUAAGACGAUUCUCGAUUGCGAUAGUGAUAAUUGGGUGGUGGACAAGUUGGGUGCUACUGAGUUGUUCAACGAGCUCUUACCUACUAUGCCUUUGAACUCUCUCAUGGACCGAAUGAUGAAAGAACUUCAUAUACAAGGAACCAAAAUUGAAGACAUUGUAGCUGUUUUAAAAAGAACUCCUAUUCAUCCCCGAAUCAUCCAAGCCAUUAAAUCUGCACAUGCUUUAGGAUGUGAUUUGAAAAUCGUUAGUGAUGCGAACGUGUUCUUCAUCGACACAAUUUUAAAACAUCAUGGUUUGAAGGAAUGCUUUUCAGAAAUCAAUACGAACCCAAGCUUCGUGGAUGAAGAAGGCAGGUUAAGGAUCUUCCCUUACCAUGAUUUCACUAAACAUCCCCAUGGAUGUUCUCAUCCUUGCCCUCCAAACAUGUGCAAGAUUUCAGUUGCACGUGGAACCUCUUACCACUCCUGAAUACCCAAUGCAUACUUAAACACACUUGAACCUACAAAUACUUAUCAUGCCUUUCUUUCAGUUGCAUUUGGAAAUAGACGCAGGAUGAUAGCAGGCAGAAGCUUCAAAGAUUGAGGCUCUUUUUUGGUCUUUUAUCUCACUUAUUUCUUCUUCUUUUUCCCAUAUAUAUAUCAGAUAACAGUGAUCUGUUCUAUAGUAUAAAAAGAAUAAGGUUAAAUUUUGUUAUUAGUCCUUGUACUUUACAAAAGUUGUGGAUUUAAUCCUUGUAAUUUAAUUUGGUAUAUUUCCUCCUAACUUUUCAAAUUUUAAAAUGCCAAUCAAGGGUGAAGGCAGAAAACCUUUUUAGGGAGGCCUAAAUUAAA